AUGGCAUCCAAGUCUGAAGGAUUCAUGUUCGGGUUCGUGGAAUUCGAGAAUGCAAGUUCAGUUCAGAGUGCACUUGAGUCUUCACCAAUUACUAUUGGGGAUCGUCAAGCUGCUGUUGAAGAAAAGAUGACUGAUACUCGAGUUGGUAGCAGUGGGACGGGACUGGAAGAGGAAGGUAUGCUUCAGGUAAAACGGGGUUCCGGAGUGACAAUUUCAGGGGUCGAGGGAACUUCAGUGGUGGCCGAGGAGGCUACGGCAGGAAUGAAUUCAGAAACCAGGGGGAAUUUUCAGGACGACCAAAGGGUUCUGGUGGAUGGAACGGAGAUAACUAUCAGCGAGUUAAUCAAAAUGGAAGGGGCGGUCGUCAAGGUGGUGCCGGGGUGAAACCAUGAUUCAGUUGCUUCAACAUUAGCUGAGAAAGUGACCAGGUUAUUAUUAUUUUUGAAGGUAUAAA